UUUUUUCUGCGUCUGCCAGCUCUGAGCACAUAACAGCCAGAGGAUAAAUUAACUGACACCCUCAUCUACCCUGUUAACAGUGUAAAUAAAACUCUUGUACAAACAUACGAAAUGAGGAUGUUGUCACUUCAGAAUAGUUGUUUGCUUAUCGAACUAGCUACAGACAAAUAUUUGUUCCUGGCUGCUGAAUGUUAGUUCAUGUGACUCUGAUAAAAGUCAGCGAUAGAAGUUAAUGAAUGAAACAUUAGCCAUAGAAGUGGAGGAGGUCCGUUGCCAUCGGCGAGCUCCCUGUUUCUCCUCCGCUCGCCUGUGCUGAAGGAUCUGGUUUCACACACCUGUCAACUGUGUGUCCAGAACGCUGCACCGUGUGGCUCUGCGUCAUUGUGUGCUGCUGGUUUCAUGAGGCAGUUUUAUGUCCUGAGAAUGGAUCUUAAAAACCGGGCAUCAGGAAUUAGAUGAUAGAGGCUUGGUGGAAUGCCUGUGUCAUGGGCACAGAGCGCAAGGAGAACGAGCAGGCGACCAGAGAUGAUGCAUCUCCACAGGACAUCGUCAGUAUUGCAGAUGUCUCUGUGGAGGUGGCCACAGUGGACCACACUCUGCAGAAGCUGCGCCGGAAGUACAGAAAGACUAGACGGAAGCCCAAGGGGCUCAAGAGGCUGUGGGCAUACCUGCUGAACAUCCCGCACCUCGCUAUCAUCAUCGCAGCGGUGGUGUUUGUGGUGGUGGUUAUCAUGUGGUCACUGCUGUGGGUCUUCAUAUUUCGCAGGGAAAGCAACAGUAGUGCGUAUUUCGCCGGGAUGUUCCGUCUUGCCAACGUGGAGUUUAUCCCCGAGUACCGGCAGGCAGAAUCCCACGAGUUUGUAUCCAUGGCAAACAAAAUACAACAUGUGGUGAGUAACGUGUAUAGGAUGUCUUCCGUGGCCAGGCUCUACAAGCAAGCUGUCAUUUCAGACCUCAGCAACAACAAUAAGGGCGGUGUGCUGGUGCAUUUCUGGAUGGUGUUCGUGGUCCCUCGUCUGAAGAGCCCAGCAGUGUGUGAGGAGUGUAUCGGCGCCAUUUUCAGAGACUCUGUGCACACAAGCCUCAAGAACAGGUCCUCUGUAGGCUACCUUCUGGGUCUUCCAGUGGAUAUAGACUCCAUCCUUAUCAAUGCUGUUCAGCGCUCAGAUUAUACAUCAAAUGCAGCAGGCUCUAAGUGUGUAGAUAAGAUGUAUGCCAACCUGCCCGGGGCGAGGGUCCCUUUGAAUGUCUUUUCAUCUUGGGGCGGUGUGAGUUGUCACGUUAAGCUCACCGCUGUCCCUGGCUCCCUCAUCCGUCUGACCGUCACCUCGUUCCACAUCGAGCCCACUGACUGUGUGAAUGAUGCCCUGACUGUGUACGACGCUCUGCUGCCCAUGAGAGGGCGCAUUCUGCACAGGCUGUGUGAGCCAGUGUCCACUUCUUUCUCCCUCGUCUCUACCUCCAACGUCAUGUUGCUGUCCUUCAGAAUGACAAACGGCAACAAGACCUUCAGAGGACACUUUGAGGCCAUCGCUGAGGAAAUGUGUAUGUCUCAGAUUGAGACCCAGUUAGAGCCUGACAUCACUGGUCAGAUCUACAGCCCCUUCCACCCCAGCCUGCUGCCCCCUCAGUGCUCCUGCACCUGGAAGUUUGAGACUCCCGGUACUGCUUUUGGAGUUGCCCUGCAGUUUGAGAACUAUGUGCUGAAACCAAAGGACAUGAAGGCCUGUGACCAUGGCUGGUGGAAGGUUAAUGAAAUCAUUUUCUGCGGCAGCUACGUGGGACACCGCACGGUGUUCCGGAUCGCAGACCGCAACCCAGAGGUGGAGUUUCGCUGCAGCUCACGUAACUCUGCUCAGCCGUUUCAGGCGUCUUACAGCAGCUACAACAUCAGCCAACCCUGUCCAGAGAGCCACUUCCUGUGCUCCACAGGACUGUGUGUGGAGAAGAGCCGGCGCUGCGACGGCCUGGACGACUGCCAAGACGAGAGUGACGAGGUCUUCUGCUCGAGGCCCACAAUGAACUGUGGUGGCAGCAGUCCUGUGCAUCCUCUGUUUGUGUGCAACGGAGAGACAGACUGCAGCGAUGGAACAGAUGAGAUCAACUGCACUCAGGAAACAACCUGCUCUGCAAUCAGGUAUCAAUGCAGCAGUGGUUCCUGCAUCCUGAAGAAGAAUGCUAAAUGUGAUGGUGUUCAUGACUGUCAGGACCACAGUGACGAGGCGGACUGUGCGUGUGGUCGUCCCUCCCCGGUGAAGAAAGUGGGUUCAGCCACAGGCCCCGAACGCAUUGUGGGUGGAGUUAACUCUGUGGAAGGGGAGUGGCCGUGGCAAGUCAGCCUCCACUUCUCUGGUAACCUGUACUGUGGCGCCUCUGUCCUCUCCUCUAAUUGGCUCGUCUCAGCUGCGCACUGCUUCAGCAAGGAAAGGCUGUCUGACCCGCGUUACUGGAGCGCUCACCUCGGCAUGCUGACGCAGGGCAGUGCCAAACACGUGGCUGAGAUUCAGCGGAUUGUGGUGCACGAGUAUUAUAAUGCGUACACAUUUGACUAUGACAUUGCCCUGCUGCAGCUGAAGAGACCCUGGCCCUCCUCCCUCGAGCCGCUGGUCUGGCCCGUGUGCCUGCCGCCCGCCUCCCAUACCGUCACUGACAACCACCGCUGCUGGGUCACCGGGUGGGGAUACCGCUCCGAGGAGGACAAGGUGCUUCCCUCAGUCCUACAGAAAGCAGAGGUUUCCAUAAUGAGUCAGACUGAGUGUAAGAAAAGUUACGGCCCUGUGUCACCACGCAUGCUGUGCGCCGGUGUCCUCUCUGGAGAGAGGGACGCCUGUAGGGGGGAUUCAGGGGGUCCUCUGUCCUGUCAGGCACCAGGCGGGGGUCGCUGGUUCCUGAUUGGCAUUGUCAGCUGGGGGGCGGGAUGUGGCAGACCAAACCUGCCUGGUGUCUACACCAGGGUCAACAAGUUCACAUCUUGGAUCUACAGUCAUAUCAGCUGACAUGAUGGAACUCAUCAUCCACCAGCAGCAGAUGUUUAAAUACUGUUGCUCACACCAAAUAAUAAAAACAUCUUCAGACACUACUGUA